CACAGACAGCAGUGGAGACAGAGCAGAGAGCGCGAGGCUCCGAGGCAGCCGGGCCUCCCUAACGGACACUUGCCAGAUCGGGCCAGCAUGGUUGUCCUGAAUCCGAUGGCUCUGGGAAUUUACCUCCAGCUUUUCUUCUGCUCUGUCUUGUCUCAGCCGACUUUUAUCAACAGCGUCCUCCCAAUCUCAGCAGCCCUUCCUGGCCUGGAUCAGAAGAAGCGUGGUGGCCACAAGGCAUGCUGUCUCCUGACUCCCCCUCCGCCCCCGCUCUUCCCCCCGCCGUUCUUCAGAGGAGGCCGAAGUCCGCUUCUCUCCCCAGACAUGAAGAAUCUCCUCCUGGAACUCGAGACCUCACAGUCCCCGUGCCUGCAAGGCUCCCUCGGCUCCCCUGGGCCCCCUGGCCCCCAGGGUCCACCGGGGCUUCCUGGCAAGAUAGGACCAAAGGGAGAAAAGGGAGAACUCGGCCGGCCAGGAAGGAAGGGUAGACCUGGCCCCCCAGGUGUUCCGGGUAUGCCUGGGCCCAUUGGCUGGCCAGGCCCUGAAGGACCCAGGGGUGAAAAAGGCGACCUGGGUAUGAUGGGCUUGCCAGGGUCAAGAGGACCAAUGGGCUCCAAGGGCUACCCUGGAUCCAAAGGAGAAAAGGGAUCCAGAGGUGAAAGGGGUGACUUGGGUCCCAAAGGUGAAAAGGGUUUCCCAGGAUUUCCUGGAAUGUUGGGGCAGAAAGGUGAAAUGGGCCCAAAGGGUGAACCUGGGAUAGCAGGACAUCGAGGACCCACAGGAAGACCAGGAAAACGAGGAAAGCAGGGGCAGAAGGGAGAUAGUGGAGUUGUGGGCCCACCUGGCAAGCCUGGGCCUUCUGGCCAACCUGGCCGUCCAGGCCCUCCGGGACCCCCAGGCCCCCCAUCUGCAGGACAACUUGUAAUGGGACUCAAAGGGGAAAGAGGAUUUCCCGGGCCUCCAGGAAGAUGUCUCUGUGGAUCCCCUAUGAAUGUGAAUAACCCUUCCUCCGGGGAAGCCGUGUACGGGCCCAGUUCCCCGAGAGUUCCUGUGAUUUUUGUAGUCAACAACCGGGAGGAGCUUGAGAGGCUGAACACCCAAAACGCCAUUGCCUUCCGCAGAGACCAGAGAUCUUUGUACUUCAAGGACAGUCUUGGCUGGCUCCCCAUCCAGUUGACCCCUUUCUACCCGGUGGAUUACACCGUAGACCAGCGUGGCACCUGUGGGGACGGGGUCCUGCAGCCCGGGGAGGAGUGUGACGACGGUAACCACGACGCGGGUGAUGACUGCAUCAGCUGUCAUCGGGCCUAUUGUGGAGAUGGUCACCGGCAUGUGGGCGUGGAGGACUGCGAUGGCUCUGACUUUGGCUACCUGACAUGCGAGACCUAUCUACCUGGGUCCUAUGGAGACUUGCGGUGCACCCCAUACUGCUACAUCGACUCCACACCCUGCCGCUACUUCACUUGAGGACGUGCGGAGCAGGUGGUGUAACCGACAGCCGCUUCCGCCCUCAUCGAGCCGGCCUGGCUUCUCCUGGGCCAGUGUCUAUCCACCAACCUUUGUGUGACAAAAAAUGAGGACAAACUCUUGCUGCUAAGACGUGCUUUUGACGGUCUGACUGGAAGAAUUUAGGACCACUGUAUCCUGUCUUAAUCCAAAGUACCAGGAAAUCUUCCACAUGCCCACCCUGGAAGCUGACUGUUCCCCAUCUUCACCAUCUGGCCAGAUGUCCUUUUUCUUCUGGAAUGUCGCUGGCACAGGCCGUGGACAUGGCUUUGCACUGUUACAUACACACCCUGCAGGGCUGUUUUCGUUUGCUCCGAUCUCCCUGGGAAGCCAGGGGUACAGACUCCUCUGCCCGAGGGACCUCCAGACGCAGCCAAUCUCACCAGGGCAGCCUGCGCUCAGGGCUCUGCAGGCCUGAAGACCACAAAGUAGAGAAGUGGACACAUUCUCUCCACGAGGCUUACAGCUUGGACUUACUGAGGGACUUCCACUGGCCAGAGCCCUGCUAAGCCUCAUGUGGAUGUGGCUCCCCUAGGCGGAGACCCAACUGUGAAAAAGCACUGAGAAAGCCACGAGACCCACGCUCACCCGGGAGAGGGAGCAGGCACUGCUGGCUGGCGCUCUGUGUGAACGGCAACAGAGCGGUAGCCUCCCUCUCUUGAUACUUCCCAAAGGGACAGCUCUUGUCCUUUUAAAGCCCUGGCACCAUCUUAACUUUGCAGCUUGCUGUGCACUUUGACCUCUAUCUGGCGAGUGCCCUUCAUGGCCACUUCCUGUUCAGGGGACUCGCUCCCCAGGUCCACACCAGGUGAGCAUGGGCGUCACCUCGUCCUUAGGGAGACACGGUCUUGGUUUGCCCUGUCUCAGGCCCCACUGCUGGGCACACUCUCGCAGAGAUGGUUUCUGUCCUGAGCCCCCGUCUUGCUUCUUGCUGACUCCUGUAAGAGCCCUGUGACCUCCCCUCCUGCGUCUGUGUCUCACACAGCCUUGUCCUCACAGCUGUGUGCCUGAGCGCUUCCCUUGCCUACAGGGGUCUGUGAGCUGCCUUUCAUCCCCACCCUUCCUGAUCCGAGCUUGGCUCUAUUUUGGAAUGACAUCUCCCGGGUCUUCCCGGGAGUUACUAGAUGGAGGACCCCCCACCCCGACUCCUGGCUUUGUACAAAGCUGUUGAAUGAGUCUUGGGAACUCAGCAGGCAGGAGCUUCUGGGGUGACCAGAAGGUGGCCCUUGUCUCCCAGAGGUCACGUCAGCCCGAGGGUGUCUUGAGAGGAAGGUGCAUUGCUUAGCUCGUCCCCUUGGCCUCGAGGCAGUGUCCCAAGAACAUGAUGUUCCAUGCCACUCCCACCGCCAUGCUGGGAUUUCUGGAUGGGAAAUCAAGAAAUAAAGGCAAUUCCUCACCA